GGGUCAGAUUUGCAUAAGUAAUAACGCACACCCACUUCUGUUUCUCCAUGAGGAGCCAGAGUAAGUUACGUCUUUGCCGUUGUCCUGUGCUUAGAGCUCUUGACCUGUCUUCUUCUGAAAGAGCGUUAUUUCUACUUGCUACUGUGCUCCUCAGCUGAGCUGGAUGCGGCUAUAUCUGAGGAAGGACCCUCCUCUGAAGGAGAAGCAGAACAACACGCUCCAGCUGGGAACGGAGCAGAGACACGGGUCUGACUUCCAAUGUUGCUUAGGCCUUUUUCCUAUUCCCUUUGUGCCGGCUUGUACCUGGAGACAGUCUCUGUGGUGCUAUUCCGUUGUGCAAACUGUCCUGUUUUCACACCCAAAGGACUCCACUGAAGCCUUCUCGUCUCCGGGCUGAAGGAACUGCCUUUCCCUCAGCCUCUCCUCACUGAGCAAGCGCUCCAGCCCCCCGAGCAGACUCCUGGCCAUCCACUCAGCUUACUUCAGUUUGAUGUCUUUCCUGUGCUUGGGGGGCAGAGGCUAGAUGCACUCUUCUAGCUGGGCUGAACAGAGGACUAGAGUGACUUCUCCCAAUAGCCUGACCGUGCUCCUUUUCCUGUGUCCGUGACAUAGCUGGCCGCCUGUUCUGCCAGAGCAGACCGCUGCCUUGUGUCCAGCUUGCUGUCUGUCACUCCCCCUCUCCCCGCCAGGCCCUUCUCAGCAGAUGGGAGCUAGUGUUCCCCAUCUGGAAUACGGGAUAUGUUCACUAGCAGCCGGUCAAAAUCUGCAGAGGAGAGCUUUAGGAAAAUCUGCUGAUUGAUGAGGAACGUAACUUGAAGCUGAUAGACUUUGGACUUUGUGCAAAGCCAAAGAAGAUUUGUGUGUAUGUGGAGAUUGUGGACCGAAUCAAGUAGUUUAUUGUGGUUACGGUUACGAAUCCUCUGGUUCCACGUGAUUGUAGCAAGUUGUUUUCUGAGUUUAAAAUUGGUUUCUAGGAGACCUUUAAAGCCAUUUGUCAGCUUAACAUGUGAGGGUGGCCUUGAUUACCAUCUGAGCACGUGCUGCGGAAGCCCGGCUUAUGCAGCACCGGAGCUGAUUCAGGGCAAGGCAUAUAUUGGCUCAGAGGCAGAUAUUUGGAGCAUGGGAGUACUGCUGUAUGCUCUACUGUGUGGCUUUCUCCCCUUUGAUGAUGACAAUGUCAUGACUAUCUACAGGAAGAUAACGAGAGGAAAAUACAGUAUUCCAAAGUGGCUAUCUCCUUGCAGUACUCGACUACUUAACCAAAUGCUGCAGGUGGACCCAAAGAAGCGGAUUACAGUUAAACACCUAUUAAGUCACCCUUGGCUCAUGCAAGGUUAUUCUGAUGCUGUUCAGUGGCAAAGUAAAUACCCGUUGGGACAUCUUGAUGAAGACUGCAUAACAGAGCUUUCUGUGUUUCAUAAAAAGAGCAGGGAGAGCAUAUCAGAAUUAAUAUCAGAGUGGAAAUAUGACCAACUGUCAGCAACAUACCUCUUGCUUCAAUCCAAGAAGGCUCGUGGCGAGCGUGUGCGCUUAGAGGUUGCAAGUCUAACAGGGCAUGCCCAUACAGCACAAUCAGCAGACCUUGAGUCUGAAGAAACCACAACGUAUGAAGACCUUCCAGACUGCAGUGAAGUGCCACAUGCAUUUGGAUUGAUGGAGUUUUCUGAUGCAGCUUCAGUGUUUGAAGAAUCUCCGUUAGAAGAAUUUAUUCUAAAUAAUCGCAGAACAAAGCAGCAUUCAAGGCAUGAUGCUCAACUGAAUGCUACUGAAUUCACACUGUCAACUCCAGUGACAAGAAAAGUGGCACCAAAGAAGCACGAAAACAAAGAGAAUGUUGAUACAGCGUCAACUUUAAGAAAUGAAAUGCCUUUUGCCCUUCCUGCUCCAAAGAUUCCCUUUGCGAAGAGUCACGUUGAGACGCAAAUACAAACCACGGCCUUUCAGGCGCCUGCCUUCGAAGAGAGCCAGUUCACUGCAGUCACCCCAAUUAAGAAACCAACAAACCCAACACACACAGAUGAAUUGACAGCAGCCAAGGUUCUUCCUGAAAGAAGGUGUCAUUCAGUGGAGUUAGAUCUCAACCUAGCUCAUGUGGACAGCAGCCAAAAGAAGAGAAAAGCCAAAAUAUUUGGAAGUCUUGAAAAAGGCCUUGAUAAAGUGAUCACAAUGCUUACACCAAGCAAAAGGAAACGACAUGCUAGAGAUCGUCCAAGGAAACUUAAGGCACACUGUAAUGUUACCACCACUCAGCUACUGAAUCCAGACGAACUGCUGAAUGAAAUAAUCAGUGUUCUUUCAAAGAAGCAUGUGGAAUAUGUUCAGAAGGGUUAUACCCUGAAAUGUCAAAUGCUGUCAGAUUUUGGCAAAGUAACUAUGGAGUUUGAGUUAGAAGUGUGUCAACUCAGUAAGACUGAAGUAGUGGGUAUCCGGCGACAGCGGCUUAGGGGUGAUGCCUGGGUCUACAAGAGACUGAUGGAAGAUAUCUUGUCUAGCUGCCAGCUGUGACUGGCUGAUGCAUGUGCUGAUAAAGCAGCAGCUUGGUACGGAGGCUUUAAUCACAAUGUUCUAGAAAGGUCUGUUCAGAAAAGCAAUUCUUUGUUUCAUUCACAGCUGCAUUUGAAGAAUCUGUAGUCUUUCUCAGGUUCUUAACCGUCCCUCUUUGUACAUAUGCCUUCUGUAUGUUUCCUUUAAUAUAAAGCUUGUAAUAAAUGUUCUGCAGUUCUUCUGAAAUAAAAUUCUGUAAGCUGUC